AUGCGGCCCGGUCCAGCCUCUGACCGAAUCCUCGUCUCCACCACUACCGGUGACUGUAGCUCGACCAGCUCUGAUUCCUCCUCCAGCGCCCGAUAUUCACUUCACAUAAACCCAAAAUGGUCUGCAAGUAUUUGGCACAUCCCCUCGCCUCUUUCCGACGCUCCCCUGUUCUCCUCCGCUACCCGGUUCGAAACCCUAAACCCUCAAUCUCAAACCCGACCCGUUUCGCAUCGGCAUCGCCAAUACCGAUACGACGACUCCUCGGAUCUCAGCGGGUACUUCCAGAAAGUUCGAGACUGCAAUCGUGGAUCGGAGUUGAUAUCGGAGUUCGUGCCUUUUGUUGUCGAGGAUCAAAUUGUUGGAUACAUACACAAGGGCUUUAUUAAUUAUUUGAGGAAAUUCGAAGACGUCUUCAGUGUUGUGCUUAGUAGAAAUGGAACCCUUAUUGGUGGCCAUGUCACACUUCACUCGUCACUUAAAACUCCAGAGAAGAGAACCGAAGCAGUUGGAGAUGUCAUCAAGCAGUUAGGAAAUCUCAUUCCAGGUAUUCGCAAUGAGCUAUACCCUGUGACAUCAUCAUUUGGGAUGCCUACACUCCUCUCCCUAGAACGUGCAGCUGCUCCUUAUUUUGGCAUAAAGGCUUAUGGUGUCCAUAUGAAUGGGUAUGUAGAUAGGAACGGGGGAAAAUUCCUUUGGAUCGGAAAGAGAAGCAAUAUGAAACCAACUUAUCCUGGAAUGCUUGAUCAUCUUGCUGCUGGUGGUCUGCCACAUGGAAUCAGUUGCAAAGAGAAUCUUGUCAAGGAAUGUGAAGAAGAAGCAGGAAUUCCAAGAACUAUUUCUGCUAGUGCAAUCCCAGUUGGAGCAGUAUCAUAUGUGGAUAUAGAUGGAUUCAGGUACAAGAGAGAUGUGCUUUUCUGCUAUGACUUAAAACUCCCUGCUGAUUUUUCCCCUAAGAAUGAAGAUGGUGAAGUUGAUAGCUUCAGAUUGGUCCCGUUGACUCAUGUCGCAAAUAUCAUUAGGAGGACAGAAUUCUUUAAGCCAAAUUGUUGCCUUGUCAUUAUUGAUUUUCUCUUUCGGCAUGGGUAUAUAAGUCCGGAUGAUUGUGGUUACUUAGAGUUGCUGCAGAGUUUAAGACGCGGGAAUUGCUCCUGACGUUAUCCCUUCCUUAAGGUUACAUGCUGAAUAACCGCGGUGUUUGAAGCUCUCCAACUACGUGAAUCACAACUUUUGUCAUUAUCAUCAGGUUCGACCCGAUGGAAACACUUCAAAGCUCGUGAUUUUUGUGGAUUUUUUGUUAAUUUGGUUUGUUUUGACCCAAUAAAAAAAAGUAAGUAUGCGUACACUGAAGUUCAUGUUUUUUUGUUAAUUUUGUUGUUUAUAACCCAAAUCAUGGUGUAUGUUAUUUGCUAAUUAUAUAGUAGGUGAGGGGAUUAGAGAA